AACACAGAACGUGAUUGGCUGGUGAAAACUCGUUCGAGGAAGUGGUGCGUCAAAUUACAUUAGCCGACUGAAAAUCCCCCCCAUGACAGUCGGCACUCCGACAAGUCUUUCUUCUCCUCAGACAUUUCCGUUCAUUCCGUUGUCAUGGCUGGCAGAAGAAUUGUGGUGUUCCCCUCCUCAGCGGAACUCGGUCCAGCUCUGGCCGGCCUGGUGACGUCCCGGGCUGAGAAGGCCAUCGCCUCUCGUGGCAGGUUCACCCUGGGCCUCUCUGGAGGAAGCCUCGUGUCCAUGCUCAGCAAAGAGCUGCUCGCCCUGCCAGAGCUGGACUGCAGCAAGUGGCUGGUUGGUUUCUGUGACGAGCGACUGGUUCCUUUCGAUGAUCCCGAGAGCACCUACGGGCUGUACAAGAGUAAAUUAUUUUCCAAGGUGAACAUCCCUGACAGCGGGAUCUUAACCAUCGAUCCCUCUCUGCCUGUCAGUCAGUGUGCUGAGGAUUAUACCUGCAAACUGAAGGAGGCCUUCCCAGAUGACGACUUCCCCGUGUUUGACUUGUUGCUGCUGGGUAUGGGCCCUGACGGACACACCUGUUCUCUGUUCCCAGACCACCCUCUCUUGGAGGAAACCAAGAAGAUUGUGGCCCCCAUCAGCGACUCUCCCAAACCACCACCACAGCGCGUAACUAUGACUUUUCCAGUGGUGAACGCUGCCCGCUGUGUGGCUUUCGUAUCAACAGGAGGAAGCAAAGCACCAAUUUUGAAGGAAGUGCUGGAGGGUAGAGAGAGUCCAGCGUUUCCAGCAGCCCGUGUUGUCCCAACCAACGGCGAGCUGUUCUGGCUUGUUGAUGACCCUGCAGCUGCCUCCCUGACAAUCCAGGUAGAGCGGCUGAGCUCAGGGGCCAAAUUGUAGAGACUUUUUGACACUGAUGUGAAAACCUUCAAUGAAGAGGCUGGAAAACUGCAGAACAUUCCUACUUUCACAUGAACGC